AUGGUGACGUCACCAGUGGUGAACACCUACCCUCUGUCGAGCUACACGUUCGGGACGAAGGAGCCGAAGAUGGAGAAGGACACGUCGGUCGCCGAUCGGCUUGCGCGGAUGAAAGUCAAGUGAGUUUGUUUCUCGUCGUUCGUUGGAAACCCUGGGCUAAGCCCUAGUUUCACUUCGAGGGAUCGUAUCGAUGGAUUUGAGUUUGAUCUUCUGUGCCUUUUUCCUUUUUUUUUCCCCUGAUCGUGAUUGUGACGGGGAUGAAAUUCGAUUGUGGAAAAUUCGGUCGUGCGUCUUGAUUCUUGGUGGUCUCCGGUUCUUGUGGGGACUUUUAUGAAUUAAUUUCUUCCUACGUUCGCAUCCUGAAAGUUCAAAGAAAAAUGAGGAAAGAGCUGACGGCAGGGCUCAAUCUGGCUUUCCAGAAUAUCACUUCUAGCAGAUUAACUUCUCAUAGCAAACUAGUCAUCAUUCGUUGCCCUUAAGAUUCUUUACAAUCAUAUGAAAACAAAAAAACUGCAUUACGAAGGGAGCUAUAAAGGGCGAAUAACUUAUUUGGAAGGAGGAACGUGACCGGAGAAUAAUACUGAUAAUUAGGAUUCGUCAGUCAAUAAUAAACAGAAUGCGCUACGUCCAUGCAUUCAACAUUAUAACAAGCGUUCACUGCCCAAAAAACGUGUCUAAUUGAGACGUGCGUGCAAAAGUAUGCAUUAUUGCGUAAUUAGGUGAUAUGUUAUGUCGAAGAAAUUGCAAAAAUAUCCAUCUUAGCAUCUAUCUAGAUAAUGCCAACUUGUGUGCUUGAGAUAGGGGAGCUUCAUCUGCAGAUUUCGCUUCACAUUUUUAAUUGGGUACUCAUUUUUUCCAUCGUAUAAUUACCAUAAAGUCUCUUGGAAAUGUGUUUGCAUAAUAUGGAUAAAUAUUUCUAGCUCAUGACUGGGACAGGAAAAAUGCAUCUAGACUCUUUUCAGAAAAUAGAGGAUUUUCUUUGUUUUUUUGUAUCUUUCUAUUGGUCAGGUUGUGGAAAACUACUUUGCAUCUUUGUUUUGGACAUAAGGUUCUAUGCUGUUUUUGUUGGCAGUGGUGUUAAAAGUCGAUACACCACUAUCGCGAGGGUUGCUGAAUGGGGACCCUAACUACAGUGUCUACACAACUGACCGUAACUACAGUCUGUGCAAUUGACCCUUACUACAAAAGCCUGGACGACAUGUUGCGUGUUCCGCCUGCAUGAUAGUGAGCCGAAUCAUAAGAGAAUAUAUUUUGGAAGGCAAGCUUUGGUGAGAGUUGGUCUUAAAUUUCUAUAUGCGACUUUUCACUGUUGAAGCCAGCUGAUAUUAAUGGGACUAAUUAUCUCAAAUGCAACCAGUGACAGCUGUUGUUGGUCACUUCAAUAAUGAUGUUUGCAUAUGCUUCCUCUUUGUAGCUGAAAAAACCUGGCCUCUUGCACAUCAUUUGUGAUGGUUUUCAUCAUGUAAAACUUUCAUAACUGUCUCUCAUUCUCGCCACUUUCAUUCGAUAAUACUACUCAGUCACUUGAUAAAUGGUUAAUUGAUUUUCUCUCACCAGCUAUAUGAAAGAAGGGAUGCGUACAAGUGUGGAGGGAAUUUUACUGGUAAACACUAAUAUCUACUGACAUCCUAAUCUCGUAUGUUUUAUCACGUUUUUUUUUCUUUUUUUUGUUAUCUUUAACCUUUCUCAUAUUUUCACGAUACGACUGAGUAGGCUUCUAAAUAGAUUGUGCCAAUAAUGACGCAUUGUUGAGAUAUUUCUUGUGCAUGACCAUCUGGACUCUCAUAGUUUCCCUCCAGAAUCAACAUUUUCAUCAUGAGUGAAUUCUGAUUCCUUGACAAUAAAAUCCCAAUUGCCAUUUAUGGAGAUAGUUAGACUGAUGGUUUAUAAAUCUGAAAAUAUUGAGUGUUGCUUCUGGAACCACUCAGAUUAAUGGUAAAUAAAUAACUGGAUGUCUAAAUUUUAAACUGGGACAAGAACCUGAAAACAUUUCCAAGGUGAUCAUAUGCUCUGAUUUCUCUAUUAGACCGCUGCAGCUGGUUGUCUGGCUUAGGUGACUUACCUUAAUGCUAAAUCGACAUUUGGUCCAAAGCUGGUUUGCACUAAAACCACUCUUGGUCUCCUUGGAGAUCCCAUUCUGGCAGUGGGUCGCUAAAAAUUUCUAGCCCUCUUUAGGGAUUCUGUACGUGGUGAGCCACAGUAAGACUUAUAAAAGCAACAUCACUGGGAAUUUUUUUCUCCCCAGAGUUAACCAUAGAGUGACACAAGUGUCUCGCUUCUGGCCUCAUUUGUGUAAAAGCGUUUAGCAAAAGUUCAUCAUACCUUUAGUCGUAGGAUUGAAGGUUUUAAUAUGGUGUUACGGAUAAUUGUUUGUGUAAAAAUAGCCCUUUAGAGGCAUUGCCAUUGUUGUUGGUAUCUGGGGGCCCAUGCAUUGUUGAACAAAAAGAUGAAUGAGGACGUGUGUCUGCUGCCACUGACUUCAAUGGAAGUACCCUGGCAAAUUUCCACAGAAGUGCAUCCCAGGGUGGUUUUGGGUCUAUGGAUGCAUCAGUGAUGCUGUGAAGAGUCUUUUGAGGAUAGCCAGAGCACCUUGGUAUAGGGAGCUCUUCCUUCUUGUUGAUGCCUGUCUCACCACCAAAGGACUCAGUUAGGGCCCAAUUUCAGUAAAAAAAAUCCCCUGACAGGGCUGUUUUGUGGCAACCAUAUUUCAGUACCUUUCUUCUGUUAAAAACUUGUUGCCGAACCUAGAAUGUUAUUGAUCGUGCCAUGUUUUGUUCUUCACUUCUAGUUUGUGUCGUUUCCCUGAUUGUUUCACAUAGAUGUACGUACUAUAAGGAGCUAAGUGUUACGUCCAAGCCCCACGCUUUCAAACGCCUGGUGUUUGCAGGUACAGGAGCAUAAUCAUCCUCACAUACUACUGCUACAAAUCGGGAAUACCUUUUGCAAACUUCCAGGUGGACGUUUGAAACCUGGAGAAAAUGGUAAAUAAUUGUAAAAUUUGAUCAAGAUCUUUGUUUUAUUUCCUUUUUUUUUUUUAGUGAAGGUGGUGAAUCCGCCCCCGGAUGUGCUAAUGUUACUGGACUCAUACAGAGGUGGAGGGUUUGAAGAGAAAACUUUCCAGCAAACUUGCUGCUAAUUCUCUUCAACCAAAUUGGCAGGCACGUUUGCUAAGUAUACAUCCAUAUUAGUAUUCAUAUAUUUGCCUUGAUAAUAUUAUUGCUACUUUUCUCAUGAAAGCAUCUUCAUUUUAUAUACAAAUGAUGUACCCAGGUCUUCUCUCGUUGCAGAUAGGGGAAUGCGUUGCUGUUUGGUGGAGACCAAACUUUGAAACAAUAAUGUAUCCGUAUUGCCCUCCUCACAUUACCAAACCCAAGGCAAAUAUCUUGUUAUCCUGUAUUUUUUUUUAUUUUCUUUAGUGAGAUUAUUUUAUAUUGUGACCCCGGUUGGAGAAAUUCCACAGGAGUGCAAGAAGCUUUUCCUCGUUCAUUUAUCCGAGAGGGAGUAUUUUGCUGUGCCAAAGAACCUAAAAUUGCUUGCCGUUCCAUUGUUUGAGCUUUAUGAUAACGUUCAGGUAUUGGAUUUCCCCAUUCCCUGCUGCCAUAUUAUAUUCAUCAUCUCUGCUGCAUUUGCAGCUUCGUAUGCUUCCUAGAUUUUAGGGUCCCAUUUAUGUUCACAUUCAUUAAAACCUUCAACUUCCUGGGGUUGGAGUCAUGAUUACGGUUGAGAGAUAGAGAUAUAUAUAUAUAUAUGUAUAUAUAUAUAUAUAUAUAUAUAUAUAUAUAUAGAGAGAGAGAGAGAGAGAGAGAGAGAGAGAGAGAGAGAGAGAGAGAGAGAGAGAGAGAGUCUUUCUUAAUGAAGCUGGGCCUGGGUCUGCUCCUCCUUUACAAGCCCAUUUCUCACCCCUGAUCAUGAUUAUCUCACUGUAAUCCCAUAAUAGUAUCAUAUUCGAAUGAUUAUCUUCAUCUCUCUCUGUGCGUAUAGAUAAUAAUCUUCAUCUUCCCCCCAGUAUUUGCCUUUAUUGUGGACUAAUAAAUAUGGGAAAAACAUGGCUGCAGAGAUACGGUCCCGUCAUCUCCACCAUCCCACAGCAGCUGUCGCGGUUCCAGUUCAACAUGGUCAGCACCUGA